GUCCUGGACACAGUCACUGGAGCUAUGAAGACCGGGAGCACUGGGGUGUGGACUACCCGUACUGCGCAGGCACCAUGCAGUCGCCCAUCAACAUUGACACGUCCAAGACCAUCUUCAGUCCCGAGCUGCGGCCGAUCCAGCUCUCUGGCUACAGCCUGCCCGCCAAUGAGAAGCUCAAGCUGAGGAACAACGGACACACAGUUCUCCUUGAGCUGCCCGAGUCACUGGCCAUCACUGGUGGCUAUGCCCAGCAGUACAGAGCUGUGCAGCUGCACCUGCACUGGGGCUCCCCGUUGGGACCUGGCUCGGAGCACACUGUCAACAGCCGCCGCUUUGCUGCAGAGAUCCAUGUGGUCCACUACAACACCAAGUAUGACAGCUUUAAGGAGGCAAUGGUCCACCCAGAUGGCCUGGCUGUACUGGGAGCCUUCCUGGAGGUUGGGCCAAGGGAGAACCCAUACUAUCAGGAAAUACUUGAGCAUCUGGGCAAAAUCCAAAGAGAAGGUGAGGAAGUCUUGGUGCCUGGAUUCAACAUUGCAGGUCUGCUGCCUGCCAACCUGAAACUCUACUUCCACUACAAUGGCUCUCUGACCACCCCUCCCUGCUACCAGACAGUGAAGUGGACAGUCUUCAACCAGACCAUGCUGAUCUCUCAUGACCAGAUGUCAAUGCUGGUGAUGAGCCUGAGAAAUGAUGACAGCAAACCUCUGCAGAACAAUUACCGGCUGGUGCAGAACCUGCACGGGCGACACGUGCUGGCGAGUUUCCAGACUACCCUCUUUUCGGUGAAGCAGCUGCCUUCUGGUAAUGACGGCUCAGCAGCAGCAGAAGGACACUCCAGCUCUUCAUUUCAUGCAGGGGACGUGCUGGCCGUGCUCUUCGGGGUGCUCUUUGCCAUCACGGCACUGGCCUUCCUGUUGUAUAUCUACAAGCACCGCAGCCAGAAUGCGCGGCUGGACUCACCGACCAAAUCCAAGGUCAUCUACACGGCAGCCACCACCGAGAACACCGCAUGA